GCACCCAAUAGCUUUUAUAAUACCUCAUUCUCCUCCUCUCUUCUCACUCGGUCUCAUUACUCUCUUUCAUUUUGCUUGCCAUGGCCUCCAACACCAUGGCUGGUGGCUUAGUUACUGGUUCUAACACCCGAAAUGAAGUCAAUGUUUUGCAUGGUGACGAGCAACGGCCUCCAACUCGUCAGUCUGUGUCAAAAGUUUGUCGAGUUUGUGGUGACGAGAUUGGAUACAAGGAAGAUGGUACGUUGUUUGUGGCGUGUCAUCUGUGUGGAUUCCCGGUUUGUCGUCCUUGUUACGACUAUGAAAGAAGUGAAGGGAACCAGUGCUGUCCUCAGUGCAACACUCGCUAUAAGCGUCAAAAGGGAUGUCCUAGAGUUGCUGGAGACGAGGAAAACUUUGAUGCAGAUGAUUCUGAUGAUGAAUUUCAGAUUAAGAGUCGCCCUGAUGACUCGGAUAAGCACCAUGCCAUUAACCAUUCGGAAAAUGGGGACUAUAAUCAUCCGCAGUGGCAUCCUACUGGUUCGUUCGCUGGAAGUGUUACUGGAAAGGAUUUUGAAGGUGAUAGGGAGGCCUACACUAGCGCAGAAUGGAAAGAGAGAGUAGAGAAGUGGAAAGUUAGACAAGAAAAGAAAGGUUUAGUAAGCAAAGAUGAUGGAAAUAAUGAUCAAGGAGAUGAUGAUGAGUACCUUUUGGCUGAAGCCAGGCAACCAUUAUGGCGAAAAAUUCCAAUCUCCUCAAGCAAAAUCAAUCCAUAUCGCAUAGUCAUUGUCAUCCGGCUUGUGGUUCUUGCUUUUUUUCUCCGCUUUCGAAUUUUAACUCCAGCAUAUGAUGCUUAUCCCUUAUGGCUCAUCUCAGUAAUUUGCGAGAUAUGGUUUGCCUUCUCUUGGAUACUUGAUCAAUUCCCUAAAUGGUUCCCCAUCACCCGAGAAACAUACUUAGACCGCCUGUCCUUGAGGUUUGAGCGUGAGGGAGAACCAAACAAAUUAGCCCCAGUUGAUUUCUAUGUCAGUACUGUUGACCCCCUCAAGGAACCACCAAUCAUAACAGCAAACACAGUUCUUUCCAUCUUGGCUGUCGAUUACCCUGUCGAUAAAGUGAGCUGCUAUGUAUCAGAUGAUGGUGCAUCCAUGCUACUUUUCGAUUCACUAGCAGAAACUGCGGAGUUUGCAAGAAGAUGGGUUCCAUUUUGCAAGAAGUAUAGCAUUGAGCCCAGGGCCCCUGAGUUCUACUUCAAUCAGAAGAUUGACUACUUGAAAGAUAAGGUUCUGCCCACUUUUGUAAAGGAUCGCAGAGCCAUGAAAAGAGAGUAUGAAGAGUUCAAAGUAAGGAUUAAUGCAUUGGUGUCAAAGGCUACAAAGAAACCAGAAGAAGGAUGGGUGAUGCAGGAUGGUACCCCAUGGCCUGGGAACAACACUCGUGAUCAUCCCGGCAUGCUUCAGGUAUAUCUUGGAAGUGAGGGUGCACUAGAUGUGGAAGGUAAGGAGUUACCACGGCUUGUGUAUGUUUCACGUGAGAAACGUCCUGGCUAUCAACACCACAAGAAAGCUGGUGCCAUGAAUGCUCUGGUUCGAGUUUCUGCAGUGCUUACCAAUGCACCUUUCAUGUUGAAUCUGGAUUGUGAUCACUACAUCAACAACAGCAAGGCUGUAAGAGAAGCCAUGUGCUUCUUGAUGGAUCCCCAACUGGGAAAGAAACUAUGUUAUGUCCAGUUUCCUCAAAGAUUCGAUGGUAUUGAUCGUCAUGAUAGAUAUGCCAAUCGCAAUAUUGUGUUCUUCGAUAUCAACAUGAAAGGCCUAGAUGGCAUUCAAGGCCCGGUAUAUGUUGGCACUGGAUGUGUCUUCAACAGGCAGGCAUUGUACGGCUAUGAUCCUCCAGCAUCUGAGAAGCGGCCAAAGAUGACAUGUGACUGCUUGCCUUCAUGGUGCUGCUGCUGUUGUUCUGGUUCAAGGAAGAAGUCAAAGAAGAAAGGUGAAAGAAGCCUGCUUGGGGGACUCUACACCAAGAAGAAGAAAAUGGGAGGGAAGAGCUAUGUGAGGAAAGGGUCUGGAUCUAUGUUUGAUCUUGAAGAGAUUGAAGAAGGGCUUGAAGGCUAUGAUGAGUUGGAGAAAUCAUCACUCAUGUCUCAAAAGAACUUUGAGAAAAGGUUUGGACAAUCACCAGUUUUUAUUGCUUCCACUCUUAUGGAAAAUGGUGGCCUUCCUGAAGGGACUAAUCAAGCAUCACUUGUUAAGGAGGCCAUUCAUGUUAUCAGUUGUGGGUAUGAAGAGAAAACUGAAUGGGGCAAAGAGAUUGGGUGGAUAUAUGGUUCGGUCACAGAAGAUAUUUUGACAGGCUUCAAAAUGCACUGCAGAGGAUGGAAAUCAGUGUACUGCAUGCCAAAGAGACCUGCAUUCAAGGGAUCAGCUCCAAUAAAUCUAUCAGAUCGUUUACACCAAGUUCUUCGAUGGGCUCUUGGCUCUGUCGAAAUUUUCCUUAGUCGCCAUUGCCCACUAUGGUAUGCUUAUGGAGGAAAGUUGAAAUGGCUAGAAAGGCUGGCUUACACUAACACCAUUGUUUACCCAUUCACUUCCAUUCCUCUACUUGCAUACUGCACCAUUCCAGCUGUCUGUCUUCUUACUGGAAAAUUCAUCAUUCCCACGCUGACCAAUCUUGCUAGCGUAUGGUUCUUGGCUCUUUUCCUGUCCAUCAUUUUCACCGGUGUGCUUGAGCUCAGAUGGAGCGGCGUUAGCAUUGAGGACUGGUGGCGUAACGAGCAAUUCUGGGUGAUUGGUGGAGUGUCAGCUCACCUUUUUGCUGUAUUCCAAGGCCUCCUCAAGGUCCUUGCUGGAGUUGACACCAACUUCACCGUGACAUCAAAGCAAGCUGAUGAUGAUGAUUUUGGGGAGCUCUACCUCUUCAAGUGGACCACCCUUCUAAUCAUACCAACCACUCUCAUAAUCAUUAACAUGGUGGGAGUCGUGGCUGGAAUUUCAGAUGCUAUUAACAAUGGCUAUGGCUCAUGGGGUCCAUUAUUUGGGAAGCUAUUUUUUGCCUUCUGGGUCAUUGUUCAUCUUUAUCCUUUCCUCAAAGGUUUGAUGGGAAGGCAAAACAGGACUCCUACCAUAGUAGUCCUUUGGUCCGUACUUCUUGCAUCAAUUUUCUCACUGGUUUGGGUUCGAAUUGAUCCUUUCCUGCCUAAGCAAACCGGCCCUGUCCUUAAACAAUGUGGGGUGGAUUGCUAAACAGUCUUUUGGUCACCUUUGCCUUCAAUCGUUCUCAUUAUAGGUUUCUGGCUUUAUGACACCUUUCGAUUGUUUGUUUGUUCAAAUAUUCAUAUGCUUCCAAGCAUAGUGUGAUGUGUAUAGUCAUGAGUGAGAGAGAGAGAGAGAGAGAGAUUUUGAUGCUAAAUGCGAAAGAAAGGGGGAGGGGGGGGGGGGGGGUACUUUCAAUAUGUACAAUUGAAAACUAUAUACGAAACACUGAGAUAUUACAUA